AUGGCUGUCGGAAAGAACAAGAGACUUUCAAAAUCGAAGAAGGGUCUCAAGAAGAGAACCCAGGACCCUUUUACCCGAAAAGACUGGUACUCCCUUAAGGCACCAUCAACUUUCAACACCCGAGAUGUCGGCAAGACCCUCGUCAACCGAACGACCGGUUUGAAGUCCGCCAACGAUGCCCUCAAGGGUCGCAUUUUCGAAGUCAGUCUCGCAGAUCUGCAAAACGAUGAAGACCACGCCUUCCGCAAGGUCAAGCUCCGAGUCGACGAGGUCCAGGGCAAGAACUGUCUGACCAACUUCCACGGUCUCGACUUCACCUCAGACAAGCUCCGAUCCCUGGUGCGCAAGUGGCAAACCCUCAUCGAGGCCAACGUCACUGUCAAGACCACCGACGACUACCUCAUCCGCCUGUUCGCCAUUGCCUUCACCAAGCGACGACCCAACCAGAUCAAGAAGACCACCUACGCUGCCUCGUCACAAAUCCGCGCCAUCCGCAAGAAGAUGACCGAGAUCAUCCAGCGUGAGGCCACCUCCGUCACCCUCGCCCAAUUGACCGGCAAGCUCAUCCCCGAGGUCAUCGGUCGUGAGAUCGAGAAGAGCACCCAGGGUAUCUACCCUCUCCAGAAUGUCCACAUCCGCAAGGUCAAGCUGCUCAAGGCUCCCAAGUUCGACCUUGGUGCCCUGCUCGGUCUGCACGGUGAGAGCACGCAAGAUGAUGCUGGUCAGAAGGUGGAGAGAGAGUUCAAGGAGCCUGCUCCUCUGGAGAGCGUGUAAAUGGGGGAUGUGUCAUGAUACGAUGGGUGUGAGGAGAAAAUCUUUCUGGGAUACCAGAACUCGCAGACUUCGGGACCAUGCUAGCAUCUAGCUGCUGGUCACGUCGUGGCGGUCUUGCGCAAUAGAGGCAGAUUGAUAGCGCAGUCGUCUUUUGCCUAGGGGUUUCAUGGUGCUUGUCAUGGCCUUGUGGCGCAUUGCAUUGCAAUAUUGCAAGAGGAUGUGAUGUGCUUAUGGUAGAAAUAGCCCCGGCAUAGCAUUUUUGCAAAAACAAAUUCAUUGAAACUUGAAAACGUUACCCUUUUUCCUUACCGACGUUCUUGUUCUAUUCGGGGAAAAAAGUGCCUGGCGAAGGACAGCCUCGUAAGAGGAUCGCCUAUAUUGUCCAUCUAGCACG